AAGAUUUGGUCCGUAUUCUCCUGGUAAAAGGCGGUUAAAUGGCGCCUCCUCCCGCCAUUGUACAACCGAUAUAAUCAUGAAUGGCCUACACCUUGGAGCUCAAAAUUUCCGAACUAUUACCAAGGUGCAAGUUCGCGCACCUCAAACCAAUCCACGCUCUCCUCAUUACCACCUCUCUUCACCAAAAUAUCCAUGUUUUCUCGAGCUUUCUUCGACGAACCACCGAAUUCGGGACCAUGGAUUACGCCAGUCUCGUGUUUUCUCAUCUAACUCCCGGUUUCAGAACCGAAAUCCAAUUCUGGAACGCUAUGAUCAGGGGUUACGCUUUCAAUGGCCCUGCUGAGAAAUGCGUGUCCUUGUAUACCGAAUUGCUUCAAAGAGGGCUGAAACCCCAUAAUUUUACCUACCCUUUUGUGCUAAACUCGUGCACUGAUUUGGGUCGGUUCCGGGAUGGGGAAAACGUGCAUUGUCGAAUUCUUAAGACGGGAUUUUCGUCGAGUUUUUCAGUUUCUAAUGCGCUCUUGAAUCUGUAUUUGAAACUUCCAGAGUUCCCUGGACCGGGGAUUGUUACUGGUGGGAAGGUUUCUGAUGCUCGCAAGGUGUUUGACGAAAUGUGUGUUAGAACUGUUGAAGUAUGUAACCGAAUGAUGGCAGGGUAUACGAGCGCUGGGGAUGUCAAUAAUGCACGGCAGUUGUUUGAUAAUAUGGAAGAUCGAGAUAUCAUUACGUGGAAUACAAUGAUUUCUGGUUAUGUCAAGGUACGAGAGGUAGUAAAAGCAAGGGAGUUAUUUGAACGAAUUCCAGAGAAUAAUGUCGUGUCUUGGACAUUGAUGAUUGGGGUGUAUGCUAAAGCUGGAGAUCUUAUUACAGCACGAAUGUUCUUCAAUAAAAUGCCUCAAAGAAAUGUGGUGUCAUGGAAUUCCAUGGUUUCAAGCUACGUUCAACAAGGGAAUUUUCAGGAAGCAGUGGAUCUCUUUAUCGAAAUGCGAUCAGAGGGCGUAACUCCUGAUGGGUAUACCUUUGUUUCUGUUUUAUCAGCUUGCUCUCACUUGGGUGAUCUAGAGUUUGGGAAGUGGAUUCACUACUUGAUCGAAGAUUUCUCUCAACUUGGAGUUAUUGCUGCAACUGCCCUCAUUGAAAUGUAUGCAAAAUGUGGAGACAUUAACAGAGCAUUUAUCCUUUUCAUUAAAAUUGGAAUAAAGGAUGUGUUUUGUUGGAACGUUAUGUUAAAGUCACUUGCCCUCCAUGGAAAGUCUCAUGAUGCUAUUAAAUUAUUCUCACUGAUGCAAAAAGAAGGCCUGAAGCCAAAUGACUUCACCUUCCUUGGAGCUCUGUUUGCCUGCAGCCACGGAGGGAUGGUGGAAGAAGGCCAAUCAAUAUUUGAUAAUAUGGAGAAGGAAUGUGGGAUUAGCCCGACAAUCGAACAUUUUGGUUGCGUUAUUGAUUUGCUCAGUCGAAACGGUCGACUGGAGGAAGCGCUGCAGCUAGUAGACAAGAUGCCGUUUGAGCCUGAUGUUGCAAUAUGGGGAGCUUUGCUGGGUGGUUGCAAGUUAAGAAGUGAUUUCAAGAGAGCAGGAGAAAUCGUUGAGAGGGCGAGCAAAUUGAGAUCAAAUGAAGGUGGAAUCCAUGCGAGCUUGUCGAAUAUGUAUGCAUCAAUUGAGCACUGGCCAGAGGCUCUAAUUGCGAGGGAAAAGAUGGAAGAGGAGAAUAUAUUGAAGAAGACUGGCCAGAGUAGCGUGAUUUAUGCACCCUGUUGAAGCUCAAUGUUCACCACAGAGGACAAAGACUAAUAUGGUGGCGAGGAAUUUUCAUUAAAUUUUGGUGGAAGGACAAAGAGCAUCGGAUACAAGAAAUUGAACCAAAUCCAACCGAUCUGGGUUUGGCAUUGGUCCUAACUGGUUGGUCACCAUCGCUUGAGUGGUUCAAUUUUGGCCAGUUUGUUUGAAAACCAAACCGAACCAGAUCAACUUAACAGAAAUGUUCUAUGUUAAUUUCUUGUUACGUUGAGAAAACGAAAAAGUUGAU